AUGUCCUCUUCACAGCCUGCGACAGCAGAUAUCGGCUACAUCACCGACCCGGGCCCAUUAGAGAAUACCUACACGUCGGAUCCCAGUCUUCAACGGACACUGGCAUGGUACUUACCAUCCGCUACGUUGAAAUAUGUACAACCACAUCUCACCCAGCUCGGUGCCGAGGCUAUUUGCGAGCAGGUCCGUGAAUGGAGCGCCGAUGCUGAGCGCAAUGUGCCAUAUGUGAAGAGCCACAAUGUUUGGGGUAAACGAUAUGAUUAUGAUCGAUUGGUGACCACGGAAGGUUGGAAGCAACUGGGAAAAUGGGGUGCUCGGAAUAGGAUUGUCUCGGCGGGCUACGAUCAGCGUCUGGGAGUUGAUCGGAGAACAGUUCAGUAUGCGCUAAACUAUUUGUACAGUCCUUCUUCGGGGCUCUACUCCUGCCCCAUUAGCAUGACUGAUGGCGCUGCUUUUAUUCUCUCAUCGAAAAUCAAUAAACUACCAUCUACGCAUCCUUUCCAUGCUGUGUUCCAGAGGCUGGUCUCCGAAAAGGAUGAUCACUGGACCUCGGGUCAGUGGAUGACCGAGAGAGCCGGUGGCAGCGACGUACAAAACACCGAAACGUGGGCUACAUACUCACCGCUAGCCACCUCUGGCUCCGACCCUCUGGGUGACGGCGACUACCUCAUCAACGGAUUCAAGUUCUUCUCCUCGGCAACAGAUGCAAAUGUUGUUCUUUUGCUCGCCAAAACGCCAUCAGGAAAGCUAAGCACGUUUCUCGCGCCAUUACGACGGACCGUUGUGGGCGCCGACGGCGUUUCCAGAGUUGUCUCUAAUGGUGUCCGGAUCCACCGACUGAAGAACAAACUCGGCACCAAAGAAUUGCCAACGGCUGAAUUGGAACUGAAGGAUAUGCGCGCGCAUCUUCUUGGCGAGCUAGAUCAGGGUAUCCUCACUAUCGCGCCUCUUCUUAACGUCACCCGACUUCAUACCUUCGUUGGCUCGUUGGCUGGCUGGCGCCGAGCUAUCAGCAUUACGAAGAACUUUGCGAAGGCAAGGACCACGGUUGGCGAGCCGCUCUGGUUGAUCCCAAUGCAUUUGCGACUCCUCGCGGACUUGGAAGUAAAGCAUCGGGGUGGAAUGAAUCUUGCAUGGUUCACGGUUGCUUUGUUUGGGAUAGUUGAGGAUCAAACACCGUCAUCCAACAAGCUUGCGCAUCUACCUAAACCUGGUAAGGAAGCUGCGGUGGUUUUCCGUGUCUUGACUGCCACUACCAAGGCUGUCAUCAGUAAAAUGACGACUGCAGGAAUUCAAGAAUGCCAGGAAUCUAUGGGUGGAGUUGGGUAUAUGGAUGAAGCUGAUGAGCCCGAGUUCAACAUCUCUCGGAUUAUGCGUAAUAACGCAGUGAAUUCUAUCUGGGAGGGUACGACCAACGUGCUUGCCAGCGAGUCUGUUCGUUUCCUUAUUAAGAAGGACAAUCUGAAGCUAUUUGGAAUAUGGCUUGACCGUACAUUGACUCUAAUUCAAAGUGCAGAUCUGCGAAAUGCCCUGACAGCUGCCUGGUUGGAUUUGCGUGCUCGGUUCACUACUCAGGAUCCUGCUUCGACUGUCGCUGAUGGUCGUCGCUUUAUAUUUACUUUGGCUUGGAUUCUUUCCGGUGCUCUUCUGGCCCUUGAUGCCGAGCGUGAUAAUGACCCCGUGACAACAGAGAUAGCUCGACGCUGGACAUUGAGUGCUGAGGGUGGUGUGGGUGACCAUGUAUUCCAUGACAUUGUUACAGUCAAGGGAACUACUAGUGCUGUCUCUGGAGGCGAGGAACAUCUGCAAUGGGACUGCCGUAUUGCCUGGGGAGUCGACCUCCCGGAGAACCGUGCAACUGGUCACCGGUCCUUGCAAAAGGCAAGCCCGAAGCUUUGA